AUGGCCAUUCAACUCACCGUUCUACCAAACUCUGGAUUCUCUAUCUCUCUCACGUUCCAACACGUCGCCGGAGACGGAAGAUCACUUCAUCAUUUCAUGAAAUAUUGGGCCUCUCUUUCAAAAGCCAGUGCAAACAACAACGACAAUAGUUUAUUAUCUAUUGAUCUUCCUUUCCAUGAAAGAGAUAGAGUUAAAGACACAAAAGGUCUUAGAUCUAUCUACUUACAAGAACUACGAGAUUCUGAUUCGAAAAACAUGGAAUUUGCGGGUCUUGUUCGAGAUUCUUAUGUUAACAAGGUACGAACAACUUUAGUUUUGAACUAUGAACAAGUUCAGAAUUUGAAAAAUUGGGUCACUGAUAAAUGUAAAGACAGUCAUAGAACACAACAUCUGUCAACUUUUGUUGUAACAAGUUCCUUGAUUUGGUUUUGUAUGGUAAAAUCGGAGGAGAGCGAAAGCAAAAGCGAUCAAGAUGAUUGUGAUGUUGUUGAAGUACAUCUUGAUACGACUGGUUCGAUCUCUCUUUCAGAUUGUAGAGAUGGUGGAGGUGGAAUUGAAGUUGGUUUAGCUCUUGAGAGGUCUCGAAUGGCUAGUUUCAUCAACAUCUUUCAACAGCAACUUGAUAGUAUUUGUAGCAUGUGA